CAUCUCACCUGCACCACCACGGCAACCAAUCAAUCAAUCAACCAGUCGACCUCCUCCGCUCCACUCCACCAGCUAGUCACUCGCUCACUCAGCUGCACCAGCUAGUGAACCGGGGCGAGCCUCGCUUUCACGGAGCACGCGGAAGCCAGCCAGAGAAAGAAAGAAACGGAGCGAGAGGGGAACGGAGGGAGGCCGGGCAUGGCGACGCCGGAGCGCGCGCGGGGGGGCCGGGGCAACGCGACGGCCACCGCGAUCGCGACCAACCGGUGGGGGCCCUACUCGGGCGCGGGCGACUUCGCGGGCAACAUGGCCAUCAUCCUCGCCUCCCUGCUCGCCGCGCUCGCGCUCGCCCUCGCGCUCCACGCCGGCGUCCGGUGCCUGCUCCGCCGCCGCCGGCAACGGCAGCAGGAGGGGCUGGGCGUCGACGGCGGGGAGGACCCGGAGAAGCCGGCCGUGCCGGCGCCGCCCCCGCUGCCUCCGCUGCUGGUGUACUCGGCGUCCGGGACGCGGCUGGCGGGCGCGGCGGCGCACGAGUGCGCCAUCUGUCUGGCCGAGUUCGCGGACGGCGACGCCGUGCGCGCCAUGCCGGCGUGCGGCCACGGCUUCCACGCGCGCUGCAUCGACCGCUGGCUCGCCGUGCCCGCCCCCGCCGCGGGGUCACGCCGCCCCUCCUGCCCGACCUGCCGCGCGCCCGCCGCAGCCGUGGCGCAGCCGCCGCCCUGACGCACGCCGCGCGCGGAACGUUUCCAUUGCUGGCAAGUGCUCCGAUUUGCUCCGUUCGGGUCUCUCUUCUCCCGCUCUCAGCUUCUUCUGUCCUUGUUCUUUACUUCUUUUUUCCAAUGAGUGAGUU